GUGGCCGCCGUGGCGCUGGGUCCUGGCGUGAAGGCGCUUGCGCACUGCGGCCUCUCACGUCACCACCGUCCUCCCUGGUGCGAGGCGAGUCAACGAUCAUCGGAUUCGCCAGGCACGAGCUGAGGCCGCGAGACCGGCACGCGCGGACAGGCUACAAGGAGUGUAUUGAAUAUCCAGAAGAAUGGCUGCUGAUACUUCUGUUGAAAUGUUUUCAAAAGUUCUGGAAAACCAAAUGCUUCAGACUACUAAAGUAGUGGAAGAACAGCUGGAUGCUGAGAUUCAGAAAUUGGACCAGAUGGAUGAAGAUGAAUUGGAACGCCUUAAAGAAAGGAGGCUUGAAGCACUAAAGAAAUCCCAGCAGCAGAAACAAGAAUGGCUCUCAAAAGGACAUGGAGAAUAUAGAGAAAUCCCAAGUGAGAGAGACUUUUUUCAAGAAGUCAAAGGGAGUAAAAAUGUGGUUUGCCAUUUCUAUAAAGAUACAACCUUCAGAUGCCUGAUAAUAGACAAGCAUUUGGCAGCACUUUCAAAAAAACACAUUGAAACAAAAUUCCUGAAAUUAAAUGCUGAAAAAUCUCCAUUCCUGUGCGAGAGAUUGGGCAUCAAAGUAAUUCCCACUCUAGCAUUAGUAAAAGAUGGAAAAACACAAGAUUUUAUUGUUGGCUUUACUGAUCUUGGUAAUACGGAUGACUUUACCACAGAAACCCUAGAAUGGAGAUUAGGCUGUUCAGAUAUAAUUAAUUACAGUGGAAACUUGAUGGACCCACCUUUUCAGAGCCAAAAGAAAUCUGGAACCAUUGUCACAAAGCUGGAUAAGAAAACUAUCAGAGGAAAGAAAUAUGAUUCAGAUUCUGAUGACGACUAAAAGCUCAGCUAUAAAUCUUUGCAUAUCAUUUUUUGUUUAAGCCUGGUACAUUUCUAGGAAUGUUUUUAUAAAGUCUAUUGAUUUCGGUAUGUUUGCACAUAAUACUCCAUUUUUCUGUACAACUUUAUAAACUCAUUCACAUUCGAAGAAAUUCCAACUAUUUGUCUUUGGAAGUAAGUUGAAAAUCUGAGCCCCUUUGAACCAGGUAUCAUCUGGGAACUGACCAUAAAUUUAAUCUGUUAUUUCAAAACAUUUCCAAAAUUUGCAUCUCAGUAUUUUAUACCAUUUAUCAUAUUUUCAAUAAAGGAAAUGUAAAGAUGUAAGAAUUGCAAAUAACUAUUUCCGGAGUAGUGCAUCUUAAAGCAUUGCUUAUCUUAUAGUGCCAUAGUGUAGCAUUGACUAACUUAACUACAUUGGACUAUAAAUUGUAAAACAGUCUUAACUUUUGUAAUUUUUCAAGUAAAUUGGCAAAAGAAUUUCCCAUUUACCAAGUACGUAUAGCACAUGUUGAUGUGUGCUAUUACCUUCUGGUUCAGCUGCAACAAGUGUACUGAAACCACCUUGCUUGCAGGGUUAUGUAAUAUAAAUUCUGUGGUUGUGAAUUUUAGAGCAGAUGCUUGUACAAAAGAUGAGGUAGGAUAAGAACAUCAGGAGGGACAGUGUUUGUUUUUAAUUUGAUGCAGUGCAAUAUAUUUUACUGCGCUGUUGCUCUUCAGUAAUGUAUAAGGCCUUACCUGAAUCACAAGAUGAUCUUCAAAUAAUUGUGGCCUAGUUACAGAUAAGACAUGGAAAAUUGCAGAAAAGUAACAAUGGACCUUUUUUAAUAGCAGUAAUUUGGAAAAGCCACAGUAGACCUACAAUAUAAACAACUCAGCUAUUAUAUUAUUACUGCAAAUUUUGCACCUAUAUUACAUUCAUUUAAAAAAAAUAAAAUAACC